AUGUCAAAGUUAGAAAACCUGAAGGUCGGCUCCCAAAAGGAAAAGGACUUUGAAAUCAUUGAAGCAAGGUUUACAUAUCUUGAUAUGGAAGACAAGAAGAGAGAUUUUUGCAUCGACCUUGCUAAGCAAGCUUAUAAAAAGAAAUAUGACCUUGAGCUUAAGUAUUACCGAGACAUGGCCAAGUUUAUGAAAGAAGAGCUCGAUAAAAAGUUUGAAGGGUCCUGGCAUAUCAUUAUAGGCACACACUUUGGGUCAUUUUGUACUUAUGAAGUGAAAUGAAUUGCUCUCUUCUGGCUCGAACAUCUCGGAUUUCUCAUUUUCAAGCACGGUUAACUCAAUUUAAAACAACAGAAGCUGAUCCCCAUUCAAUUAUAAA